AUGGUAGAGGCCAAGGAGAACGACGUCUACGAAGAGGAGCUCCUGGACUACGAGGAGGACGAUGACAAGACGGUCGAUGGCUCCGCCGGUAAGCCCACCGGAGAGGUCGCGAAGAAGGGCUACGUCGGGAUCCACAGUUCCGGUUUCAGAGACUUCCUGCUCAAGCCAGAGCUGCUUCGUGCUAUCCAGGAUUGCGGUUUUGAGCAUCCUUCCGAAGUGCAACACGAGUGCAUCCCUCAAGCCAUUCUUGGAAUGGAUGUCAUCUGUCAAGCUAAAUCUGGGAUGGGAAAAACUGCUGUUUUUGUCCUUUCAUCCCUCCAACAAAUUGACCCUGUUGCGGGUCAGGUAGCAGCACUUGUACUGUGCCACACUAGGGAACUGGCUUACCAGAUAUGUCAUGAAUUUGAGAGGUUCAGCAAAUAUCUCCCUGAAGUUAAAAUUGCUGUCUUCUAUGGAGGUGUUCACAUCAGGAAGCAUAAAGAUUUGUUGAAGAAUGAAUGCCCUCAUAUUGUGGUCGGCACGCCUGGAAGGAUACUUGCUCUUGCCAGGGAUAAGGAUCUCUCCUUGAAGAAUGUGAGGCACUUCAUUCUUGAUGAAUGUGACAAGAUGCUCGAAUCACUUGACAUGCGGAAAGAUGUUCAGGAGAUUUUCAAAAUGACUCCUCAUGAUAAGCAAGUCAUGAUGUUUUCAGCAACGCUCAGCAAGGAGAUCCGUCCUGUAUGCAAGAAAUUUAUGCAAGAUCCGAUGGAAAUAUAUGUUGAUGAUGAGGCAAAGUUGACCCUCCAUGGUCUUGUACAGCACUAUAUAAAACUUAGCGAGGCUGAGAAGAACCGGAAACUGAAUGAUCUCUUGGACGCUCUUGAUUUCAACCAAGUUGUGAUAUUUGUGAAGAGUGUUAGCAGAGCUGCCGAACUGAAUAAGUUGCUUUGUGAGUGCAACUUCCCAUCAAUCAGCAUUCAUUCUGGAAUGACCCAGGAAGAAAGGCUAACCAGAUAUAAGAACUUUAAGGAAGGCCACAAGAGAAUUCUUGUGGCUACAGAUUUAGUUGGCAGGGGCAUUGACAUUGAGCGUGUCAACAUUGUGAUAAACUAUGACAUGCCAGACUCAGCUGAUACUUAUUUGCACAGGGUUGGAAGGGCUGGCCGUUUUGGCACAAAGGGACUUGCAAUUACCUUUGUUUCCUCUGCUUCGGAUUCUGACGUUCUUAACCAAGUGCAAGAAAGGUUUGAGGUAGACAUAAAGGAACUGCCUGAGCAAAUUGACACUUCCACCUACAUUAUCUUUGUGUUUUGUAAUGUGGCCUUACAUGCUUCUUGUAUUGUGAUUGUCAGUGCCAUCGUCUACAGCGUGACUCACCAAAAAGUUAAUGUGUACCCCCAGUCGUAUCUUGCAGUGGCAGUAGUACCAUGUACUCCUCGGGUACAGAUUGUUAAAAAUUCCAGUGACAUAUUGUCAUGGGGUUUGGCCUUUUCUUAA